UGCUGACCGGUUUUGAUCUGUACACUGGUCAUAUCGCAACCGGUCUGCUCACCGGGCGCAUUAUAAAGUAAAAUCACGAAAAUCACGUACGUUAAUUCGUAAAGUUCUAUCCGCAGAGGCUACAAGUCCUAACACAAGAUUGCGUAGUGAUUUAUCGAUCAUGUGGCUCCAAUUAAGUUAUUUAUUGUGUCUCUUAAUUGCGAUGGAUUUUAUAAAGGAAGAUAUCUAUGCGAUGGCACAAAAUUCCGCUCAAACAAACAUUUCUUCACGAAUUAAUCCUCGAGUUGAAGAUGAUGAAGAUUUUGUGCCCUACCAGGGUGAACGCUUUACUGUAUUCGAUUGGAUGCUAUUUAGGAGUCUAAGCAAGACAAAUAGAGGAAAUAUAUUAUUGUCGCCAAUAUCCAUAAAAUUAGCAUUAGUGCUCCUUUAUGAGGGAGCUCAAGAUCAAACCGCAUAUGAACUUGCCGGAGCCAUGCAACUUCCCGUCAGUUCGCCGGCCAUUCGAGAGAAGUUUAAUAAUAUUGUGAAAUCUUUGCAGGCCCCGUCUUCUGCGUACAUUUUAAAUCUAGGAUCACGAAUUUAUAUCGAUGAUAAUAUAUUGACCAGACAACGUUACGCAGCGACGAUAAAAACAUUUUAUAAUACUGAUGUGAUCAACGCUAAUUUGUCUGACACGCACGCAAUUGCGAUUAAAGUUAAUUCUUGGGUCAAUAAUAUUACGAAUGGACAUAUUGAAAAGAUGAUAGAUGAUGAAAAAGGUCUAGAGGAUUCAGUGAUGCUGAUUGUAAAUGGAUUAUUUUUCAAAGGAGCUUGGCGCCGCAAAUACUUCGCUCCCGAGAAUAGUCGAGUUUCCAAAUUUUACAUAAAUGCUAAUGAGAGCAUAAACGUACCGUAUAUGCAUACUGUAAGUCGAUUUUAUUAUGCCGAAUCAUCCAGGCUCGAUGCAAAGAUUCUGCGAAUUCCAUACGACGGUUCAAAAUUUGCUAUGUAUAUUAUACUACCGCACACGCUAACAGGUAUGGAUCACAUUGUCAAUGAGAUUAAUUCGUUUACAUUGGCGAGAGAUGUAUGGGCCAUGCAGGAAUUGCCUCUUGAUGUUUGGAUUCCAAAGUUCAAGUUUGAAUUUACGAGCCAUUUGGAAAAUACUUUGCGUGAACUUGGUAUCCGCGAUAUCUUCGACGAUACUGCGCUGUUGACGGGAAUAGCAAAAACGAGACGGGUUUCCAGACGUUUGCGGGUAUCCGAUGUAGUACAUAAGACUGGAAUAGACAUGAAUGAAAAUGGAACGACUGCUUACGCUGCAACAGAAAUACAGAUUGGAAAUAAAAUAGAAGAAGGAACGUUUCAUGCUAAUCGUCCGUUCGUGUUUUACAUUGAGGAUGAGACCACCGGCACUAUCCUUUAUAUAGGCAAAAUUCAGAAUCCUUUGAAUACAUCUGGGACUACUGGGAAAGUGCAACAGGAAUUUCCAUCGCGAUUUAACCCGGAUACAGCCAUCGUAACUCCUAAUUCCGUUCCAGUUAUACUCAGUACUGAGGAUCGAUACUCUUUUUUCAACAUCGAUCUCCUGCAGAGAGUAAACGAGAAUGUGGAGGGUAAUCUGAUACUGUCUCCUGCUAGUGCGAAAAUCGCCCUUACGAGUCUGGUCGAAGGCACGGGUGGUCGAACACGUCACGAGCUUCUUGCAGCUCUGAGAUUACCAGCAGAAGAAUAUAUUAUAAGGAGAAUAGCGGAACGCUCUCUUAUACCUCUAAAAAGCCAACAAAAUGGCACGGAAAUCGAUGUAGCAACUCGUUUGUGGAUCAAUCCGGCUCUUGCAGCAUCUAAUAAUUAUAUGACCGCCUUAAAAACUUAUUAUGGAACUGAUAUCCAACAGCUGAAUUUCGGGAAUACAAAUAAUGCGGCCAAUAUCAUCAAUUCCUGGGUUCGCGAGAACACGCGGAAUAACAUCAAGACGAUCAUUCAGCCUGACACUCUUAGCGCCGAUACUCAGAUGGUGCUAACUUCGUCCUUGUAUUUCAAAGGACGAUGGUUGAAAUCCUUCGAUAAGGACGUUACGCGUGUACGGUGCUUCUAUGUUCCUCAAAAUGGUUGUCAAGAUAUUCUUAUGAUGGAAAACUCUUCGAAGUAUCGAUAUGGUAAUAUAGCUUCUCUUGAUGCUGAUGUGGUAGAAAUCCCGUACUCGAACGGUAGGACAUCUAUGCUGAUAUUCCUUCCGUCUCAUAAAGAGAGCGAUCCGUACCUACAGAUUCUGUUCAAAGAUCUGUCAUAUGUACCGAUGAAAACGCUACUCACUAGUCUCAACGAAACUGAAUUGAUACUUGCUAUUCCGAAAUUUAAUAUCGAGAGUAAAUUAGAUUUGCGUUCACCCUUAAUGCGCAUGGGUAUACAGGAUAUUUUUAGUUCUGCAGCAAAUUUCACUGGAAUCGUGUUUAAUAAAUACUUGCAAUUAGCAAAUAUUAUUCAAAAUGUUAAGAUAGAAGUGGAUGAAGAAGGAACCAUUGCUGCUGCAGUAACAGAACUUGCAGUUGUACCACUUAUGGCUAACAUGGUUUCAACUUUCAUAGUAAAUAGACCAUUUAUGUUUGCCAUCGUUGAUCUGGUAACAAGUGAGACUCUUUUCGCUGGUCGUUUCAUGGGUCCUAAUGCAGACAACUCUAAAGGCACUAUUUAAAAGAAAAGCUCAAUAUUCAUCUACAAUCAGUUUUGUACUUAAAAAAAGCUUAAAAUAUAAAGGACUUACAUAUAAUGAUGCUGUUUACAACAAAAAUGACG